UUUAACGGGCUAGUUUGAAACGAAAAAGACGCAAGACCAAAACAACAUAUGAAUGUUUUUGGCGAUUCAAGUGGAAAAGAAAAAGAGCAGGCACUCCGUUUUUAGUCUUUAAUGUGAUGCCGUAUGUAUUGAUUUUAAAUAAGAAGAUUAUAGGAUGUAGUUAUAAAUGGAGGCUUUGUUAAAUAUUGCUAAAUGAUUUGAAAAGAUGACAUGUUGGAAAUAAAAAUCUCUGGGUUACCAGUCCUCCCUCUGCAAAGGUUUUUGAGCUACUGUAGAAAACAGGAUGGUGGUCGAGGUGGAGAGUUUCUAUGGCGUGUAUAUGCUGUACUGUACUAACCCGAAAUUCAAGGGUAGAAUAUAUAUUGGCUUCACUGUAAACCCAGAGCGCCGUAUCGGUCAACACAAUGCAGGACGACACCGCGGAGGAGCCAAGAGAACCAGUGGCAGAGGACCGUGGGAGAUGGUUCUUAUCAUCCAUGGCUUUCCAUCUGAUAUUGCAGCUCUUCGGUUUGAGUGGGCUUGGCAGCAUCCGCACACCUCUCGUCGUCUAUCCCAUGUUGCCCGGCGCAGCCGUAAAGAGUCCAGUUUGCAGUUCCACUGGCGUGUGGUGUCAAACAUGCUUCAGGUGGUGCCGUGGAAUCGACUCCCCCUCACUGUGCGCUGGCUAAAGCAGGAGUACCGGAUGGAUUUUGCCCCUGUGCUGCAGCCUCCUCUGCACAUUCCUCUAGCGUUUGGCUGUGUUCGUGCUAAGAAGAAACCGCAGCAGAUGUGUGAGGAGCAAGAGGAGAGACCGGUGGAGCGGUGUGUGUUGUGUGGGGUGUUUGUUAAGACUGUGGAUAGACUAUCUUGUUUCCACCCUUCCUGUCAUAUGGUUUGUCAUUUGAUUUGCCUGGCUAAACACUUUCUGAAGGCAGACUCUUCCCACCUACUUCCUGUCGAGGGAAAGUGUCCUGGCUGUCAUCACUCUGUGCUGUGGGGGAGUUUAAUACGCCAUAAAAACGGCUGUUAUGGUGAUUUGGAAGAAAUUACCUCCUCCUCAUCUCAGAAUCAUUGGACAGAUGAACUACAGCUGUGAAGAAAAUGUGAUACAGGCUUUUCUGCAUUUUUUUGAGAAGUAAUCAUCGGACUGGAUAAUGACAGCUCAUUGAGGUCAAGGCAUCUACAUUCUAAGAAUUGUGGAAUUAACAAGGAUUUACAGAAUGAGAUCAAGCAUUUCACUCAGUUGGAUCUUUUGAAAUAAAAGGAUCUUCAGACAUAUUUUAAAAUAUGAAAUACAAUAUUUUAAUUCAGCAAUAAUAAUUGUUACAGCAUUGUGUGUAAGCUCAGUCAUGAAGUUUUAAAAUGUGUUUAUUUUUUAUCUGACAUCAUGUUAUAUUUAUUAAACAAUAAAUCAUUGUGUGUGUGUGUCAUUAUUUUCUCCCUAUUCCUUGGUUGCAAUGUUGAAUUAUCACUCAAACAAAUGUUUAAUUUUUAUGGUUAAACAAGAUGGAAAGAGGUGAACAUUAGUAAUAAUCUAUAAGCUGUGAGGAUGAUUAUUGAUGCAAUGAAUAAAGGCUGAAGAAUGAAAUGUGUAAACUGCA